CGGCAAAUAAGCAGCAGAAGAAGAAGAAGAAGAAGAAGACGAAGAAGAAGAAGCGUGUCUGCCGGAUGAGAGAAAGGAGCAUGGCCGGGAACUUAAGCAACAGUGCGGCUCCGUUAACUAGUUCGCUGUCUAAACUGCAGGCUUUGAAUGGGCUCUUUGCCAUUCAUAAAAAACAAGGGCCUACGUCUGCAGACGUGUUGAAUAUGCUCAAAGAGGCUCUGCUCAAGGAAGCUGGUGUAAAAAACCCGAACCCCCGAAAGAGAAAGAAGCAGAGCCUGAAGUUGGGCCACGGAGGGACUCUGGAUAGUGCUGCCAGCGGGGUGUUAGUUGUCGGUGUUGGAAAUGGCACAAAAAUGCUCAGCACCAUGUUAGCUGGUUCAAAGAAAUAUGUUGCUGUGGGGGAACUAGGAAAAGCAACUGACACGCUUGAUGCUACUGGCAAAAUGGUUCUGGAGAAAGACUUUGAACACAUAACCAGGGUGGACAUUGAGGAGAAGCUGAAAUCCUUUACUGGUGACAUCAUGCAGGUUCCUCCACUCUACUCGGCUCUGAAGAAAGACGGUCAGCGUCUGUCUGUCCUGCUGCAGAAAGGUCACAAGGUUGAGGCCAAACCUGCCAGACCAGUUACUGUGUACAACCUGACUCUGCAGGAGUUCAAACCUCCCCUCUUCACCCUGGAUAUUGAGUGUGGUGGUGGAUUUUAUGUCAGAAGCUUGGUGGAUGACCUGGGGAAAGCUUUGUCAUCCUGUGCACAUGUGAAGGAGCUGGUGAGGACCAAGCAGGGCCAGUUCACCCUGGAGGAGCAUGCCUUACACGAGGGCCAGUGGACACUGGAGCAUGUCCUGCGCUCGCUGCAGCCCUGCUCAGAGUCAGAGACGGGAACAAAACCAUCCAAGGAACACACAGACUGAAAACAUGGCAUGACUCACCUGACUGGCUUUUCAAUUAAGAGAACAGCAGGUCUCAGUGUAGGUCUCUCACUGUUUCUCCAGCUUAUUUCAGGGUGUGUCUAUUAUAAAUGUGAUGAACAGAUAAGAUUGUAACAUAAUUUUUUGGGCGGACUCACGGACUUAGUCUCAUUAUUUUGCCUUUCCUGCAAUUAAAGUUUAUUUACACUUGUAAAUAAUUCUAGAUUUGAAAUUCGCAACCUCAUUCCAACUCCAGCCUCUGUCUUCAUUUGCUAAUCACCCCUUAUUAAAGAGCAAGGUAAUAGAAAGCAAAAGUAUAUACAGUAUAUGUAUCACAAUUUAAAACCGAGAAUGAUUAGGAUGUGUUGGGAAAGACUGCAUUGCAAUACACGCAUGAAACAGAUUAACUGUGUAUAUUAAACAAAACUUUGAGAAAAUAGCAUAACUUCAUGAUUUAUGGUGAGAAGGUUUAAAAUAUUUCUUUAUUUUUGUAGAAUUUCUUUAUUAAAAUAAAUGUUCUGAUGUUUUGAUGAGCAUCAGAAAUAUUGACUUCCGUUAUAUUACCUUAUCUUCAUUCCUCACCAAGCAGAAAUAUAUCCAUCAGUUUGUGUGGAAAUGGUCGGGGGGGGGGAAAAUCUCAUAUGCAAAUUAAAUGAAUCUUUUCUUCCAAUACAAAACUGUGUAGAGCAGUUAUUUUUCUUAUCUGCUCCACAUCUGAAUGUUGUUGCAGCAAUGUUGUAUGUAGACUUUAUGUAAUAUCAUUUGUUCUGUAUUUUCACAAUGAUUGAAGUGAGACUAAUAAAAUGUCUUAUUUGUGAAAAA